AUGGGCCUCCCUUCGUUUCGUGUUUUCCAGCCCUUCUUCUUCUCCGUGCUCACCGUUGCUCUCCUCGCUUCAAAACUGCUCCAUCUGUUCCUGCAUGCCCACUCCAUUCCGCUGCUGCAUUUCGUCGUCUACUUCCCGACCUUCUUUCUCCAGGAUUGUUUCCUCAUCGUAGCCCAGCGCCUGCUGCUGCAUGGCCAGAGUCGCAAUAUCACGUCGAUCCUUGGCCUCUGCAUAGGUGGUUUUCUUGCGACCAUCUCUCUCGGUGCCGCAGCGUCACAGUUUGGGUUUUAUUAUGUCACUGGCGGGGAGUUGCAAUGGGAUGCAGCCGGAAGUGUGGCCAGCGAUCCUGCUGCCAUGAGGCUGAUGAUGAGUGGAAUCGUGCCCGUCUGCGUUGCGGGCCUGGCCUUGGUCUUCGCCUCGUUGGCGAUUACGCCCGUCUUCUAUAACAAAACCGGCUGCUGGCUGGUAUCGAUAUCGAAGUUCGCUUCACCGGCUAAUUGGGACAUGAUGCUCCCCCUUGCUCGAGUCAAAACGGAAUUUUCAACCCAGAGAGUCGUUCGGCUGUGGCCCCUCUGUGGCUUGACUACCCUCUGCGCCUUGGCGUUUUUGGUCUUCCUUCGACCGGCCAUUCCCUACAAUCAUAUUUCGGCAACCUUGCCGGUCGCCUUGGGCAGCGCGAUGCAUUCUAGGACGAAACCCUGUGCGGGAAGCUAUUCCCUUACUAAUAAAUCGUUUCCGCGACCUAAUCUGAUCGAGCCGGAUCGUUGGAUUCUGCCAAAGGAUAACUUCAAGGGAUGGGCCCCGGGAAAGGUUAAUGCCUUUAUUCGACAGUACUCUGCGAGGACACGGAGCUGGCUCCCAGAUGCCCUCCCAGAUGGGUUUGAACGCUGGGACAAGCAAGCGGUAAUGGCUAUAGAAAAACAUGAAAACGAGACAAUCCCUGCUCAAGAUGGAAAGAACAUGUGCUCGGAUCAGAGUAGAACACACUACUACAACCCUGUUGCGGAUCCGCUGAGGAUUUCGAAUCUCAAUUUAGAACCCUAUGAAGCGCUCAGACACGCGCUCAAGGAUAUCCUGAUAUCACAUGUUGUCCUUGUUACAAUGGAGAGCACGCGCAAGGAUAUGUUUCCCAUAAAGAAAGGCUCUCACCUCUACAAGGAGAUCCUUCGCUCCUACAAACCCAACCAACUCAACCAGAACAAAAUCGACUCCAAGCUAUCACAGCUGACUCGUGUCGCGGAACAAGUCACCGGAGAGUCAUUUUCCAGCUCUCCAGACAAGCACCCCGACCUCUUACCGGGAGUGUGGAAAGAUCAGUCUGCUCCCGGCAUGGGUGGUAUAAACGUCGUGGGGGCCCUCACUGGGAGCAGCCUUUCUUUCAAGAGCGUAGUAGGCAGCCACUGCGGUGUCGGACCGCUUCCAGUGGAUUUUCUCGAGGAGGUCAACGGGAAGAUCUAUCAGCCAUGUAUCCCACAGAUCAUGGAGCUUUUCAACAGGGAAAAGAAAACGUUCCAGAAGCAAGGCGUGAACGAAGCGUUGCUCGACCAUCGUGCAAGUGUGCAUCGUCGAGAAUGGGAAUCCGUCUUUGUCCAAUCGAUCACCGAUCAGUAUGACCGGCAGGAUGUGCUCAACAGGCACAUGAGCUUUGGAAAGUCCUUUACGAAGGAGACCUUGGAAAAUAUUGCUUCCAAGUACUAUCCACCGAAGACGCCUGAACUUAACUACUUUGGAUAUGCCGAAAGCGAGGUCAAGCCCUUCAUCCGUGACGUGAUAUCGGAGACGAUUGCGAACAAUAAGCGACUGUUCCUCUCGCAUUUCACCAGCACGACUCAUCACCCCUGGGCAAUCCCUCAAAAUUUCACCGAAACGCAAUACAUGGGCUCGGAGGGUUCGCAUGAGCACAUGAACGCCUUUUUGAACGUUGUUCGUUACGACGAUAUUUGGCUCGGAGAGCUUCUUGCGCUACUGGAUGAACACGGAAUCGCAAACGAGACCCUCGUGGUCAUUGUUGGAGACCACGGCCAGGCCUUCGAAGAGGACGCCGAGAUGACCGGCACGUAUGAAAACGCCCACAUCAGCAAUUUCCGCGUGCCCCUCGUCUUCCGCCACCCUCAGCUCCCGCGCAUCCAAGUCGCCGCAAACGCCACUUCAAUGUCCAUCCUCCCGACCAUUCUCGACCUCCUCAUCUCGACCAACUCCCUGGAUGCCAUCGACACCACCGCAGCCUCAGAUCUCAUUCACGAUUACGAAGCCCAGUCGCUGCUACGCCCCUACAGGCCCUCGCUCAACGGCCGCCAGGCGUGGAAUUUCGGCAUCAUCAACUCCGGCGGCUCAAUGCUGGCCAUUACGUCCGCUGCCGUUCCUUACCGGCUUGUCAUCCCGCUGGGCGGCAGCCACACGUUCCGCUUCACCCACAUGGUCAAGGAUCCGAACGAGCUCCAUCCGCUUGAGAAAUGGACGCUGGGUGACAUUGUCAACGUCGUUAAGCACAUGUACGGCGAGGAAGCGGCCAGCUGGGUGCGCGAAGCCGAUGCUGUGGCCAGAUGGUGGGCGGCGGAAAUGCGUCGUUUGUAUAACUAUAAUAAGUGA